AUGAUCAGCCUGGACCCCAGGCCUUCCCCUGGCUUGGCCCGCUGGGCUGAGAGCUAUGAGGCCAAAUGCGAGCGCCGGCAGGAGACCCGCGAAAGCCGCCGCCGCCGCCCCAACAUGACCACUUGCCGCCAGUCCCAGUCGGGGAAGGCGCUAAGAACCCAGCAGAGGGAGGAGCUCCGGAGAGCCCGGCAUCAGCAGUUCUUCAGGAGAAGGAACCUGGAGGUGGAAGAGGAAGACAAACCGCACAGCCCCUCGACCAGGGAGCAGGGCCCCUCCAGGAGGACGGGCCAGGUGACUGACCUCAGGAAGCCCUCGACCUGUGUGAACAGGAUCUCUUCCCCGAGACAGCAGGUGUCAGGGACCAGCUGUGGGGUCUCUUCAAACCAACACCAACCUCUCCCAGGCAUCUGUAGGGAUCAAGCUGAUCACCUCCCCUCCCAGGCUGGGGACCUUCCGCCACAGGAUUUUCCUGUCAAGAAGCCACCCAAACACCACCACCGUGGCACUCAGACAAAGGCAAAAGAAGCACAGCCAACAAUCAAGAAUGAUGCCAGUCAGCAAACCAAUUAUGGAGUUGCAGUUCUAGAUAAGGAAAUCAUGCAGCUUUCUGAGUACCUCAAAGAGGCCCUACAAAGGGAGCUGGUGCUAAAACAGAAAAUGGUGAUUCUCCAAGACCUGUUGUCUACCCUGGUUCGGGCUUCUGAUAGUUCUUGGAAGGGACAACUUAAUGAAGACAAAUUGAAGGGCAAACUGAGAUCCUUGGAAAACCAGCUGUACGCCUGUACCCAGAAAUAUUCCCCUUGGGGAAUGAAAAAGGUACUGAUGGAGAUGGAAGACCAGAAAAACAGCUAUGAGCAGAAAGCCAAGGAGUCACUGCAGAAAGUGCUGGAGGAGAAAAUGAGCGCAGAGCAGCAACUGCAGAGCACACAGCGGUCCCUGGCUCUGGCUGAGCAGAAGUGUGAAGAGUGGAGGAGCCAGUACGAGGCUCUGAAGGAGGAUUGGAAGACCCUGGGGACCCAGCACAGAGAGCUGGAGAGCCAAUUCCAUGUGCUUCAGUCCAAACUGCAGGGAGCAGACAGUAGAGACUUGCAGAUGAACCAGGCUCUGCGACUUCUGGAGAAUGAGCACCAGGAAUUGCAGGCCAAGAUCGAAUGCCUACAGGGGGACAGAGACCUGUGCAGCUCGGACACCCAGCACCUACAAGAUCAGCUAAAGAAGUCAGAGGAGGAGAAGCUCGCCCUGGCGACCAAAGUACAGCAGUUGCACAGUCUGCUUCAGAGUCAAUCCUUACAGCUUCAAGAACAGGAGAAACUCUUAACAAAGAAAGAUCAGGCUUUGUCUGUGUGGAGUCCAAAGCCCUCCCAUAACGAAGUGGAGCCUGAGGGUACAGGGAAGGAGAAAGACUGGGAUUUCAGAGACCAGCUGCAAAAGAAGACUUUGCAGCUCCAGGCCAAGGAAAAGGAGUGCAAAGAACUGCAUUCGGAGUUAGAAAACCUCAGUGACGAGUACCUCUCCUGCCUGCGUAAGCUCCAGCACUGCCGAGAUGAGCUGAACCAGAGCCAGAAGCUGCCUCCCAGAAGGCACCGUGGUCGAUGGCUCUCGCUGCUGAUGGUGAUAAUUGCUGUAGCACUGGCGGUAUUCCUGGCCAACAAGGACAGCCUAAUGAUCUGA